AUGAAUGCUGGGCCUGCACCAAGGUCAUAUGGCUGUAUGACUGCACAACAUGUUCCACUCCCUCGCACAAGAGAUCACCUGCAGACUUGUUUCGCCCUCUGUACAAAAUGCUAUGUCCGUAGGCCGGCGGCUAUGCCUGCUCCAUUCUCAGCAACCUGGGACCCUCAUAAUUUGGCGACGCAGCAUUUCAAUUGUGCUGCAGGUUCGGAUGCCCUGAAAACAAAGACGACUACUUUUCAGGUAUGUGUGUGUCGGUCCUGUGCAAAGUUGAGUCCGAAUGAGCUGCAGGCGCGGAGGGAGGAGAGGGAUGAAGUUGCUCUUAAAGCAACGCUACGUAGACGGAUAAGGUGUUUUAGAUGUGAGAAGGCACUUACGAGUAAGAAGAGAAGGUGGUGGGUUUGCGCACAGGGUCCCCAUGAGUGUCACUGGGCUGGACAUGAAGCAUGA